UAGUCAAGGAAAUACGACUUGCGCCAAAGUAACUUCAUGCAUAAACUGUUCGAAUCUUAUCGCGUGUCGUAGCUACGGUAAUUAAUUUAAAAAAAUCAAAUUUAAGAGCAAAAGCAAAAUUAAAAAUAAUAUUAAUUGAAAGAAAUCUCGCUCUCGCGCGAACUAAAAAAAAAUUACCAAUCAUCAACGACCCGUCUGCAAGUUUAUCUCCCGUCUGCUAAUCAGCAUGCUAAUCCGCCAAUUUGUUCGACGCGGGGCUAGCAAUCGUUCUAUCAUUAACAUCACGAAAGAUUUCUUGAAAGCCAUGCCGUGCCCAUUCUUGACUCGUUUGUCCACAAAUUAUGUUCGCAACUAUGGAUCAUCCCUGAUAAUGAACUAUCGGCAACAUUGUCCAGUAAUGUCAAGAUUAUUCAGUACGAUGUCAGAGUCAGAGGAGCCUCAACAGCCUCAACCAAUUCCAGAGUCUAUACAAAAUCAAUGCCCAUUCUUGUCCAGAGAGCGGAACGCUGUUAAGGAAGCCAAUCCUGCGAUGGAAGAAGAUGUUAUUAGCUUAAAUAAUAAUCAAGCAAAAGAGGCACUUUUUCCCUAUGAAGAAUUUUUCCACGACCAAAUCAUGCAAAAGAAGAAAGAUCAUUCAUAUAGAAUAUUCAAGAAAGUGAAUCGUCUAGCUGAAAACUUUCCAAAAGCUUUGGAAUAUUCACGUGGGAAGAAACCUAUUACUGUCUGGUGUUCCAAUGAUUAUCUAGGAAUGUCACGUCAUCCAGAGGUAAUUAAUGCGGUCCGAGAAGCUUUAAAUAAGUUCGGUGCUGGAGCUGGAGGCACGAGAAACAUUUCGGGUAAUUCUACCGCUCAUAUUAAGUUGGAGGAGCGACUGGCACAGCUGCAUCAAAAGGAUGCUGGUUUGCUCUUCACUUCCUGCUUCGUCGCCAACGACUCCACUUUGUUCACCUUAGCAAAAAGACUGCCAGGAUGUCACGUAUUUUCCGACGCUGGAAAUCAUGCCUCUAUGAUAUACGGCAUAAGAAACAGCGGCGUGCCAAAGCACGUAUUUCGACAUAAUGACGUCGAGCAUUUGGAAGAGCUCUUAUCAAAAGUAGAUAAAAGCGUGCCGAAGGUUGUAGCAUUCGAGACCGUGCAUUCCAUGACCGGUGAUGUCUGCCCAUUGAAAGAGUUAUGCGAUGUAGCGCAUAAAUACGGUGCGAUAACGUUCAUUGAUGAAGUUCACGCGGUUGGAUUGUAUGGUAAUACGGGUGCUGGAAUUGGCGAGAGAGAUAAUGUGCUGAAUAAAAUGGAUAUUAUUUCUGGUACAUUGGGAAAGGCAUUCGGGAACAUAGGCGGUUACAUUGUCGGUUCCGCAAAAUUGAUAGAUAUGAUAAGAAGUUAUGCUCCUGGUUUUAUUUUUACUACUUCAUUGCCGCCUACCGUGUUGCAUGGAGCCUUGACAUCCAUUGACAUUUUGGCAUCGGAUGACGGCAGGUCAUUACGGACACUUCAUCAGAACAACGUGGCCUAUAUGAAGUCUAUUCUUACUGCCGCAGGUCUUCCAAUUGAAUCAUCGCCCUCGCAUAUUAUUCCUAUAAAAAUAGGAAAUCCAUUGUUAUGCAGUCAGUUAGCGGACCAUUUAUUAAAUGACAAAGGACAUUACGUACAAGCUAUAAAUUAUCCUACUGUUCCAAAGGGCGAAGAGAAAUUAAGAUUAGCACCAACACCGAGUCAUACUCAAACCAUGAUGGAUAAAUUCGUGGAAGACGCGCUGGAUGUUUUUCAUCGACUUAAUAUACCUAAUAUACCUAAUAAACCGAACGAAUCGGCUCGUGCUAUCUUGGUUCAUUGACAAAUGUAUAUAAAAUAGAAAUGGUCAUGUUAUCGUACAAACACCUAUAUAGAGAUGUUUAUUUAUAUAGGCUAUCUAUUUGUGUAUUGUUUCAAAAUAACAAUAUAAAUUAUCUAAUGGAUAAAUCCUACAAUCAAAGUUAUUAAUUAACAGAGGUUUAAAUAAAGUGUUAACACUUAUAA